CCCAGAGCAGAAAAAUCACGGAAAGGAAAAAAAAUUGCUUUUAAUAAUUUUGGGAUCCGGCACGAGUUUGUUUGGUCUGUUUGGUUUAAUUGGAAUCUUGGUUCUUCGGUUUCUCAAGAAUAAAGAUUUUGAUGAAGCUGAGGAGUGUUAUUUAGAUCAUGUUCCAGGAUUGCCCACAAGAUAUUCUUUUGGGGAUUUGCAAGCCAUGACGGAGAAUUUCAAUAAGAAGCUUGGUGCAGGUGGAUUUGGCACAGUUUUUGAAAGCACUUUGAUUAACGGCACUAAAGUUGCUGUGAAGCGUUUAGAUGGUUUUAGUCAAAUCAAAAAAUCAUUUUUAGCUGAGAUUGAGACAAUUGGCAGCAUUCACCAUUUCAACUUGGUAAGAGAUUGGAUUUUGUGCUCAAAGAUCUCAUAGCCUUCUUGUUUAUGAGUACAUGCCUAAUGGGUCUUUGGAUAAAUGGAUUUUCCAAAGGACCCAUGAGUUUACACUAGAUUGGCAUCGGAGAAAGAAGAUCAUUCUUGACAUAGCAAAGGGACUCGCUUAUCUUCAUGAAGAUUGCAAUAAAAAGAUUGCUCACUUAGACGUCAAACCUGAAAAUAUCCUUCUAGAUGAGAAUUUUAAUGCAAAAGUUGCUGAUUUUGGUUUGUCUAAAUUGAUUGAUCGGGACCAGAGCCAAGUUGUAACAAUCAUGAGAGGAACUCCUGGCUAUUUGGCUCCAGAAUGGUUGAGUUCAAUAAUUACUAAGAAAGUAGACGUGUAUAGCUUUGGAGUUGUGCUGCUGGAAAUAUUGUGCAGACGGAGACAUUUUGAUCGUUCUCAACCAGAGGAAUCAAUGCAUUUACUAGGACUUUUCAAGGAAAAGUUAAAGGAGAAGCAGUUGUUGGAUCUUGUUGAUAAGUAUAAUGAAGAUAUGCAAUUACAUAAAGAAGAAGUUGUGGAUAUGAUGAAGGUUGCUGCUUGGUGUUUGCAAAGUGAUUUUGCAAAGAGGCCUUCCAUGUCAGUGGUUGUUAAGGUCUUGGAGGGCGUUGUGGAUGUUGAAGAGAACAUAGAUUAUAAUUUCUGCAAUCCACCUAUUCCAAACACAAGAGCAAGAGUCAUGCAUAAGGAAGUAAGUGGUGAUUCUGCUUUAUUGGAUUCAGUUCUAUCAGGACCACGGUGACAAUUCACAAGAACAUGUAUUUUGUUGUAUGAUGAGUGAGGUAAUUAAUAAGUUCUUUCUAGUGUUGAUUGAAUUUUCUAGUUUCCAAAUUGUUGUAGCAGGUUUGAACCAAAGUAUGGCAAUAGCUUCUCUAU